AUGAAAACUCCAAAAUCGAAUGAGUGCGAGCCGAUUGCCAUUGUUGGCAUGGGUUGCCGUCUUCCAGGUGGUGUUCAUGACAUUCCUGCAUUCUGGGAGUUCCUCCGGGACCAGAAGGAUAGCCAAGGGGAGUUUGCCGCGCCGCGCUUUUCAGCCCAGGGCUUCUAUCAUCCCAAUUUAGAGCGCCCUGGAACCGCUGUAGGCAGCAGUGGCUUCCUCUUGAAAGAGGAUGUGAGGCUCUUUGACCCGUCCUUCUUCGGGAUUAUUGAUGCCGAGGCGGAAACCAUGGACGCAUCGCAACGAAAGCUACUCGAAGUGACAUAUGAAGCAUUCGAGAAUGCGGGGGAGACGUGGGACAGUUUAUCCGGGAGUAGAAUCGGGGUCUUUGUGGGCGACAUCUCUCUCGACAAUUAUGUGUCCCAGACACGUGAUUGGGACUAUAGUGGCAAGUACUCGGCCAGUGGUGCCUUUCCUAACAUGCUGGCCAACCGCAUUCAUUACAUUUUCAACCUCCAAGGCCCGAGUCUGUUGAUCAACAGUGCAUGCGCCUCGUCCAUAUAUGCACUUCACCUGGCUAUUACCGCCAUACGGAAUGGGGAUUGCGAUUCUGCAAUUGUAGCCGGGUCGAAUUGGCUUAUGAACCCCAACAGCCACAUGGCCAUGGGAAAACUGGGCGCCCUGUCACCUUCCUCCAGGUGCCACACUUUCGAUGAGUCUGCAGAUGGGUAUGCACGCGGCGAAGGUUACGCAGCUCUCUACUUAAAGACAGCCUCGCUUGCAAUGCAGGAUGCGUCUCCAAUCCGCGCCCUAGUCAGAGGCAGUGCAGUCAAUGCUAAUGGGCGUACGAAGGGUAUCACUAACCCCAGCGGUCCAGCACAAGAGACCCUCAUCCGAGAAGCCUACAAGAAUGCAGGGGGGCUUGAUCCCGGCGAGACGACCUUGCUCGAGUGUCACGGAACGGGCACCCGUGUCGGAGACCCAAUCGAAGUGGCAGCAGCUGGGAAUGUGUUUGGGCCGUCUCGGUCCAAUGACCCUAAAGAUCGCCUGCUUAUUGGAUCUGUUAAGACUAAUGUGGGCCAUUUGGAAGGUGCAAGCGCUUUGCCCAGUAUCCUCAAGGUGGUCGCUUCGCUCGAGGCUGGGGAGUUCCCUGCAACCCUUGGCUUCCAGACUCCCAAUCCACGCAUCGAUUUUGAUCAAGCCAAGGCUCGCGUCGUCAGUGAAUUAGAGCCAUGGCCAAAUGAUCGACUUAAGCGGGCAAGUGUCACUUCGGCAGGCUUUGGAGGCACCAACGGCCAUUGCAUCAUCGACCACGUCCAAAAUGCCUUUCCAGAGUAUGUGAAGCCCGGCAUUAUUGACAAGCAGGCUGAGACGUCAAAUGGUACCAACGGACAUGUAAUCACGAGCACCAAUGACAAGAAUAAAACCAAUGAAGCCAAGUUAGAAGCACAUUUUCCGUUGCACUGUCCAAUAAUCAAUUCCCCGACAAUGGUCAGACAGGCCGAUGCUACCACUCGCCAGAUGGUGGUUCUUCCCUUCUCCGCGCAUAAACAGUCUUCUCUAAAAGCGAACAUGGAGGCGCUGCACAAUUCCCUUCCUCAGCAUUCACUGGCAGAUGUGGCCUACACUCUCGCAUCUAAACGAUCCCGCUUCUCUCAGCGAGCCUUCUCGAUUGUUGACAAAGAUCAGGUCGUCCAGAGCGGACAGGUCAUGGACAAUAAACCCAAGGUAUUCGCCUCGCCCCGUCAAGUAAAUGUCGGUUUUAUUUUCACAGGACAAGGUUCCCAAUGGCCUGCUAUGGGAGCGGAAUUGUUCGAGUACGCCGUCUUCAGAGAUGUCGUUGCAUACCUCGAUACCGUGCUGGCUACGUUGCCCGAACCCGCCCCAUGGAAGGUUGCAGACAUUCUAUGUGGCAAAUGCGAUAAGGAUCUCAUACACAAGCCUGGGGUGUCUCAGACAGCAUGUACCGCGCUACAGAUUGCUCUUGUUGACCUGUUGGCAUCAUGGUCGGUCCGCCCUGCGGGAGUAGUGGGCCAUUCAUCAGGCGAAAUGGCUGCUGCGUACGCCGCCGGUCGGAUCACAGCAGCAGAGGCCAUCACCAUUGCUUACUACCGUGGAUACAUUGUCUCAUUCAACCAAAAACAGGGCUCUAUGUUGGCCGUGGGAUUUGGGGCAGAGCAGGGUGCCGAGUACAUCAAACGCGCUGGGCUCGGGGAUAGAGUCAAAGUAGCGGCCAUCAACUCUCCGGUCAGCAUCACCAUGUCUGGUGACGCUGAUGCUAUCGGGAAACUGAGUGUCCAGCUCACCCAAGAGGCUGUCUUCAACCGGCAACUUCGGACCGGAGGGAUUGCCUAUCACUCGCACCAUAUGCACUUACUUGGCCACGAUUACGCUCAGGCCAUUGAUGAUGCAUUGCACCAACUUGCCAGCGUAGGAAUGAUUGAUACCGCCCACAGAUAUUCCAACGUCCCCUGGGUUUCUUCGGUGGUGCCACACAAAAACACAUCCAUGCCUCGGGAUGAAGUGACCGAUUUGUAUUGGCAGGCAAAUCUGGAGUCACCCGUACGAUUUACCGAUGCCGCCUCCAGGCUUCUAAAUACAGAUGACCUGAGCAUUGGCGUCAUUGUGGAGAUUGGUCCUCAUCCAGCGCUGAAAGGCCCAUUGGGGCAGAUCGCCAAAAGCUUGGGGCGCACGGUUCCCCAUGUUGCAUCGGUAGAGAGAAGUCAGGAUGCUCGCCGCUCGCUACUUGGACUCGCCGGAACGCUAUUUGCCCUCAAUGCAGAGGUCGACUUGGUGGCAGUCAACGCCUACCACGAGAGCCGUUUGAGCAAGGAGUACCGUCACCGACGCUGGCCCCGGCAUGAUCUGCUUGGAGCCCGGGUGCCAGGGACAACUCGGCUGCGUCCGCAAUGGCGAAACAUACUCUGUUUGAAAAGUCUGCCCUGGCUGAAUGACCACUGCGUGCCUCCCCACGUUUUGCACCCCGGAGCGGCACACAUCGUUAUGGCGAUGCUGGCAGCAGAACAGGCUUAUGCGGAGUUGCCCGAUGCGUUGCCCAUUGUUAGUUUAACCCUUCGUAACGUCUCAAUCAAGAAGACUUUAGUUGUCCCGCAAGACGAUAGGGGCAUUGAAAUUGUGCUUAGCAUGGAGCUAGAGGACGGUGCGACCGCCGCAUCUCCGGGAUGGGCAAGAUUUUCUAUCGCUUCAGUGGCAAAUGAUUCCGAACAGUGGACGGAGCACUGCGCAGGUAUGGUCAAGGUUGAGGUCGCUACCUUCAACGCGCCUACUCCCAUUGACACAACUACCAUGGACGGACGUGCUGUGAAUGAACAGGCUUGGCAAACUCGCGUAGCUGAUAUGGGCCUCCACUUUGGGCCUUCGUUCCAAGGAUACUCAGAUAUCUGGGCUGACCCUUUUAGAAACAUAGCAGUGGCCAAGCUAUCUUUAAAUACCACAUCAGACAUGUUCCCUGGAGGCGAGUCAAGCUAUCCCAUCCACCCCACCUCCUUGGAUCGGGCUAUCCGCCUGGGUCUCAUGGCCUGUAAUGGCGGACUAGCGGAAACGGCUAGCGUUCAAUUGCCCAUUCAUUUCGACCAGAUGCGCUUCAAACUCGGCUGCCUCCAAGACCGUGACUGGAUUAGAGGGGUAUCGCGCGGUGAGCUGCGUGGACUACGUGGAGCUUACGCCCAAUUUCAAUUAUUGAAUGACUUUGGGGAAGCUAUUAUGGAUGUGGACAACAUGCGGUACACCAAUUUCAACGAGCAACAGUCCUCUGCAGCGGAUCUAUCUAGAAAGGCGUAUUCCAGCCCUUACGCGCGUCUUGUCUGGAGACCUGACAGUCGAACAUUAAGUCGGAAGCAGUGGACUCAAUUGCUUUCGUCUGUGGACGAGUCUAAUUCUUUUUGUCGACUUUCCUACCUCUUCGACCUCCUGGGCCACGCCAACCCAGAACUACGAAUUCUGCAGCUCAACGCUGGGAGAGAUGACCAAAAUGCUGGCCAGGCGGUACUAAAGGCCUUGGUCGGUCACAAUGGCAUUAAGAGCUACCGCGAGUACGUAGCAACCGACAUGUCUGCACAGCGACUCGACUCCUUCCGUGAGACUACAUCAGAAUUUCGCAACGUCGAAUACUCCGUGUUGGAUAUGAAUCAAGAUUUUUCAGAGCAGGAAUCCCAGAUAGGGACUUACGACAUCAUCCUGUGGAGCAACGCGGAAAAUGUCACAGCAACCGAGCAGGCCCUAACAAGCACCAAGAAGCUUCUCCAGCCUGGGGGACACCUUGUACUAGUGGACCACACCGAAAGUAGUGAUCUUGCAUGGAACCGAUGCCUUCUGCGCGCGGGAUUCGAGUCAGGGGCCAAGCUGAUCUGUCGCGAAGCUGACCCUUCCUCCACCAUAAUCCUGUCCACCCUGCCUGAGCCAGGGCCGACUUGCAAGAGCGGUAGUUCUAUGGUCCACCUAAUGCAUGGGUCUCAAGACACCCCGGCCCUUCUCCAUCAUUUGGCCCGGGCCAUGAAACAGCGAGGCCUAUCUGUGCAGAUCAGUCCUCUGGACCAAGUAGUUGACAUCAUCGGCCCCAAUUCUCGCGUGGUGGCUUUCCUGGAUGGAGAGAACCUUCUGUUUGCUGCCGACCAACGUCGACUGGGAAUAUUCCAGCAUCUAGCUGCAAAUACGGCGAGUAUGGUCUGGGUCACCUCUUGUGGCCUAGUGAAGGGCCGAAAUCCCGAUGGUGCAUUCGUCAGCGGGUUGCUUCGGACACUGGGAACUGAAAACCCGAGCGGGCAGUUUCUGUCCGUGGACAUUGAUGCGGAAGGCUUUCAAGUCUCUGCCGGCGAGAUGGACGAGCUGGUCCGAUGCCUAGCUGAACAGGAGCACCUCCUGCAGCCCACUCUCAAUGACAACAGGCCUUCCGAAGUUAAUCGUGACAUGAUUUGGCAAGAUGGCUGCAUGUGGACCAGCCGGUUCGUGCCCGACGGGCAGCUGCAAGGCUAUGCUGAGGUAGCUCCCACCAGGCAAGAGGUUCCACUGGGCAGCCUUGGACCUGUACGGGCGGCGUUCGAGACACCAGGCAUCCUCACCUCCCUGUACUUUCAUCCGUAUACGGAGCUGUUGCAGCCACUGCCACGGGACUAUAUCGACGUCAAGGUGGAUGCUGUCGGACUCAAUUGGAAAGACCUGGGCCUAUGUUCGGGCCGAUACGAUGCGAACAACCUCUCUAACGAAUACUGCGGUACUGUCACUCAGGCAGGAGCUGAUGUUACUAGCGUCACCGUUGGUGACCGAGUCUAUGGCCUGGGCAAGGGGCAUUUUGGCACCCACACUCGUGUGCCGGCAGGCCUCGCACGCAAGCUGGCCGAGGACGUCAACCCAAUCGAGGCGGCCACUAUGCCGCUGGUGUACAUGACUGCGGUGUAUGCGUUCGAGCAUAUCACCCGUGUCAGGUCUGGACAAAAGAUACUAAUUCAAUCGGCUACGGGCGGCCUGGGACUGGCAGCUAUUCAAGUGGCACGGUCCAAGGGGGCCGCCAUCUAUGCGACGGCCGGUACUCCAGACAAAGUUCAGUUCCUGAUAGAUCACAUGGGUAUUCCAGCAUCGCAGAUCUUCUCCUCCCGCGACUUGACCAGUCUACAGCAUGCUAGUCAGCAGCAUGGGGGGUUCGAUGUCAUACUCAGUAACGCGCAGGGCGACAUGUUGUACGAGUCCGUAAAAGCCCUCGCCCCGUUGGGACAUUUGAUUGACGUUGGUCGCAUGGAUCUCUUUCAAAAAAGUGCUGGAUUCACUUCUUUUGAUUUUGGUCUCGUUGUAGAGCGCGACCCUGUCCUUGGGGCCGAGCUGAUGCAGUCCGUCGACGCGCACUUCCGCGCUGACAUUGGCCACCUCGACCAGACCCUCCUUCAGUUCUCGCAAGGCACCCACAUCGGAAAGCGCGUCAUCACCUACCAAGACCCAUCCACUGUGCUGCGGACUCUCCCCACCUCAUCCGCGCCCCCUGCGCGUUUCGAUCCCGCCGCUCGCUACAUCCUUGUCGGCGGGCUGAGCGACCUGGGCCGCUCAAUCGUGCGGUGGAUGAGCAGCCGCGGUGCCCGCGACAUGGAAGUCUGGUCUCGCCGUGGUGCAAACAACCUAGCCCCAGAAGCAGAGCGUCUCAUCACCGAGCUGGCAACCCAAGACAUCCGGGUCCAGCCAAUUGCCUGCGAUGUAGCCAACCGCGACGCCGUCAUGUACUCCAUGAAAGCGGCUCAUGCCAACCCCGAACGGCCUGUCCGCGGUGUUCUACACUUCGCCGUCUCGUACCAAGACAUCCCAUUCGAUAAGAUGACCGAAUACAAAUUCCACCAAGGCAUGGCGGCUAAAGUCUUUGGCGUCCGGCACCUCCACGAGGCCACGAUCUCCAUUCCCCUCGACUUCUUCGCCAAGACCUCCUCCUUGGGCACAAUGUACGCCUUCCCAACUCAAGGCACGUACCUCGCUGCCAACAACUAUCUUGACUACUUUGGCCGCUACCGCCGCCGGUUGGGUCUCCCCGCCACAACCGUUGCCCUUGGCUUCAUCAACGACCUGGGCCCUUUGACCAACGACCCCGUCACUGUCAAACUGUUCGCCCGCGCUAAAGGUCAAAGUAUGACUGGAGCCCAGGUUGUACGUAUGCUCGAGCCAGCCUUUGUUAAUAACCACCCCAACGCCGAAUGGCUCGGCCACAAUGAUGACCCCCUCUCUGCGUCCCACAUAGUAACUGGCAUUGACCCAGCCGUCCUCGCCAAGAUGGCCCGAUCUUCAUCUGCCUCCAUCGCCUCUUCCCCCACCCCCAGAUGGCACCAGGAUCCUCGUGUCUCCUUGAUGCUUCGUGCUGUAGAGGACGCCUCCUCCCUUAGUAAUUCGGACACCAACGACUCCGACACAUCACGUACCGCUCAGUAUAAAUGGCAAUUAAAGGCGGGGGGUAAAAGCUCUGAAAAAGGUGCAGAGACGCAGACUAUUGAGCCUGUGACUGAGGCUAUCCGGGCCAACGUAGCGAGCCUGUUGUUUGUAGAUGUGGGUAGUGUGAACCCCGAGAAGACGGUGGCGGAGCAUGGUAUCGAUAGUUUGAUGGCGGCGGAGUUCCGCAAUUGGUUUCAAGGGGCGUUUGGGAAGGGAGUGAGUAUGUUGGAGUUGAUGGAUGCGAAGAUGACCCUGAGGAUGUUGGCGAGGUCGGUGGUUGAGGGGACGCUGGGAGGGUGAUAUUAAGAGUCAUCGAGUACUGUUCUGAUUAUUUCGUA